UACUACAAAAUGUUUAAGUGAAAGUGUAUAUAUAACAUACCUUUGUUCUUGAAGAACAAUUAGCUUCUCCUUCUUCUCUUUUUGUCUUUGUUUUGCUUUCAUCCUUGUUGUUUAUAUUUUGUUUGAUUCAUGAUGGUCACUUCCACUCGCUUCUAAAUCGUGUUUCUUUUUCAUACUCGCAAUAUCUUAAAAGUACAAUAUUAUCUAACCCAUUCUAUUUGAAUCAUCAAGAUCACAUAAACAGUGUUAGAAGAUAAUUGAAGGUUAUCUACCACUACAAUUACAUCAAUUAAAUGUCCAUUUCUCUGUACCAUUCACAGUUUAUGACACGUAAACCAUCCUUUGCCUACACUACGCAUUUUUCAGUUACUUUAAGCAAAAAACAUUCUCGACAUUAUUAUCCACCAGAAAAAUAGAACCCUAUACAAAUUCGAUUACAGCGCAAUCUUAUAUAGUAAAAAUGACUCAUUUUCGCGACUUUUUCAGUAACAAUAAUUCAAUGGAGCCAUCAGCCCUCCUAUCCCAAGGCGAUCUCUUCAGCCAACAUGGGGAGGAAGAGAGCAAUGCAACGUUUACACCUAGUAUGUUUGACGAUUGGCUUGUAGACGAGCUUUGUAAAUCUGGCCUUAUACCUGCUAUCGAAACAACGCCAAUAUCGCCUUCGCUUUCUUCGAUAGAUUAUAACAACAGCCAUGACCGAAACUCUACCCCUGUAAGCCCUCCAAAUUCGGUUGUUUCUGUUGAAAAAUCGAACACAAGUCUACCUUCGUCUGCUGCCACUACCAUUCCCCUGUUCCCAGACAUUCAUAGCAACCGUCACCCAUACCAUCCUCCUUCAACGAUCAGUCAAACCCCCUCCAGUAUUCCCGUUACAGCAACCUCAACCCCGAGUCUUCAUCAUCUUCCUCGUCUUGCUCCUCGACCCUCUGCUGAUAGUGGUGAACCGGUUAUUAAAGCCUCCAUCGUUUUCCCUCUCACUGGUAACCAACAAAACCGCCAAAACGCCAGUAAUAAUAGCAAUGGUCCUGGUGCCGGUAGUGCCACAGCUGACGAAAUUGCUCUCAAACGACAAAGGAAUACCGAUGCAGCUCGUCGAUCACGGAUGAAAAAACUACUCAAGCUAGAACAGUUGGAAAAACGCGUAGCCGAUUUGGAAACGGAAAACCAGGGGUUAACGACACGUAUUGCUGUUUUAGAGAGUGAGAAACAGGGACUGAGUUCAAAGGAUGAUUCCCAUGAAGAAAGGAUCCGAGUUCUAGAGGCACAAUUGACAGAAGCAUAUAAAGCACUCACUAACUUGUAAAAACAACAAAACGACUUUUCUUACUCAUAUUCAUUUUACUUUUCAUUUCAACCAAAAAAAAAUAAUCUUUUUGAUGUUUCAGUUUUAAUUUUUAUGUACAUAGUUUUGAAUAAAAUAGAAAGUUACAAUUGAAAAUAAAAUUACACUUCA